UGCCCCAACUGUAGAAACACAACGCAGGCGGAAACAAGUCUCCAAGACACCGGUCACCGAAAUCAUCCCCCCCCCCCCAACCCCUUCAUUUUAUCUCCCUUCUCUCCUACACAUGAUGGACGAAACGAGCCCGCUAGUUUCACCGCUUAGGGAUCAGCAAGAUUUUAAUUAUGGUCCGACUGGGCCUGCAAGUCCUCGGGCUGGGUGUGCAGGCAUGCCCGGUUCAGUUGUGCGAGUUCCCGCAGGAAGCCCAGGACGGAGCCGGGAGCGACAGCCCCUACUGGAUCGGGACCGAGGCGGCUCACCCCGGGAUCCGUAUAGAAACGAAUUUCCGGAGGACCCAGAGUUCAUGGAGAUCAUCAAAAAAGCAGAACUGGCAAUUGAGGCCAGAAUUUUCCCCGAAAGAAUUUAUCAAGGUUCAAGCGGAAGCUACUUUGUAAAAGAUUUGCAGGGGAAGAUCAUUGGAGUGUUCAAGCCCAAGAACGAGGAGCCCUAUGGGCAGCUCAACCCCAAGUGGACCAAGUGGCUUCAGAAGCUGUGUUGUCCAUGCUGCUUUGGGAGGGACUGCCUGGUGCUGAAUCAGGGCUACAUGUCUGAGGCUGGGGCCAGCCUUGUGGACCAGAAGCUGGAGCUCAACAUCGUCCCCAGGACCAAGGUUGUGUACCUGGCCAGUGAGACCUUUAACUACAGCGCCAUUGACAGAGUGAAGUCCAGGGGAAAGAGGCUUGCGCUGGAGAAAGUGCCAAAAGUGGGGCAGCGAUUCCACAGAAUAGGUCUCCCACCGAAGGUCGGUUCAUUCCAGUUGUUUGUUGAAGGUUACAAAGACGCAGACUAUUGGCUUCGCCGCUUUGAGGCUGAACCGCUACCAGAGAACACCAAUCGGCAGCUGCAGCUGCAGUUUGAAAGAUUAGUGGUGCUGGAUUUCAUCAUCAGGAAUACGGAUCGAGGGAAUGAUAACUGGCUCCUAAAGUAUGACUGCCCAACGGACAGCGGUGGCUCCAGGGACACAGACUGGGUAUUGGUUAAGGAGCCAGUUAUCAAACUAGCCGCAAUAGACAAUGGUUUAGCCUUCCCACUCAAACACCCUGACUCCUGGAGAGCCUACCCCUUUUAUUGGGCCUGGCUGGCUCAGGCCAAGGUCCCCUUCUCCCAGGAGAUUAAAGACCUGGUCCUGCCGAAAAUCUCUGACCCGAACUUUAUCAAGGACCUGGAGGAGGACCUCUACGAGCUGUUCAAGAAAGAUCCAGGCUUCGACAGGGGACAGUUCCAUAAACAAAUUGCAGUUAUGAGGGGGCAGAUCCUCAACCUCAGCCAGGCGCUGAAGGAUGAGAAGACCCCCCUGCAGCUGGUCCAGAUGCCAUCAGUGAUAGUGGAGACUGCACGGGCACAGCAGCGCACUAACAGCGAGUGGUACACCCAGAGCUUCCAGAGCAGACGGCCCUUCUUCACAUGGUGGUGAAGAUACAGUCCCUUCCAUUGGGGACUGUAUUGAGAGAGAGAGAGGCGGGGAGAGAGGGGGUCUGCAGGCCUUGUCAUGCCUCUCGUCUGAGCAUAUUCUUUCCCUUAUUGAGGGACACCGGGGGAACAUGUAUUCUGACUAUCUGGGACCCCUUCCUUUCUCUCUAUCUCAGAAGAAGAGAAAAUUACAGCUAUGGUACAAUGGAACGCUUUUCCCGCUUGCUGUCAUCACACUCUGCAGAGCUGUCACUCAUAGCCCUGUGGUUGAGCAGAACCCAUUCACAUUCCAAGUACUUUGCUAUUGGAACCCACGCGCUGACCCCCUUGCUUGGCAUGCCGCUGGGAGGCAGGAGAUGAAAUGAUGGUGGUUUGGGAUAGAGGGCAGGUACCAGGGAUACUCGGCCUCCUUCUGGUACUGUCACAGAGGAGUGUGAGCACUGCAGGCUGCCUGGGGACAGGGUAGGGGAUUAUAGCUUGGAUGGUUUGGGAUAACAAAAUAUUUGAUGAGGGGGUUCCAGUUUCUCCCAAAAGUUGUUUUUCCAGAAUCUGGACUCAAGUCCUACCUCCCUGUUCGGAUCAGCCUCUAAUUAAAUCCUCCAGCUCUGUCUGUGCCUGUCUGCUUACACUAUGUAACACAAUUUUUGUUCCUGGGUAGUAAGUGUUAUUUCCUAAUUGCUUAUGCCUCAAAAGUGUAGAA